UGAGAUUUAGCCAAUGCAAAAAUAUCGGGCAAGGCCUUAUCGAGUGCACAACAAGAGAUACAGAGCGAAAGAGAUCUCAUCAGAGAAUGGUAGCGGAGGUCUUGCCCAAUAAUAGCCAGGAAGCUCAUCCUCCAGUGGUACUUGGACUCCAACCAGCAGCUCUUAUCGAUAACGUCGCUCCCGUCGAUUGGUCCUUACUCGAUCAAAUUCCCGGUGAUCGUGGUGGCUCCAUUCCCGUGCAAAAGGAUGAGUUAGAGCAUAUACUGAAAGAGCUUAACACACAUAUAAGUGCGGCUCCAUUAAAGAAGAUGGCUGGUGGAAGUGUGGCUAAUACUGUUCGAGGAUUGAGUGUUGGGUUCGGUAUACCCACGGGGAUCAUUGGGGCUUAUGGCGACGAUGAACAAGGGCAGUUGUUUGUGAGCAAUAUGGGUUUCAGUGGUGUCAGUAUCUCAAGGUUGAGGAAGAAGAAAGGUUCCACUGGGCAGUGCGUUUGCUUGGUUGAUGACUCUGGUAAUCGCACAAUGCGACCAUGUCUCUCCAGUGCUGUCAAGAUUCAGGCUGAUGAGUUAAGCAAAGAUGAUUUCACUGGCUCUAAGUGGUUGGUCCUAAGAUAUGCACUUCUUAACUUAGAAGUAAUUAAAGCAGCUAUUGGAUUUGCCAAGCAAGAAGGUCUUUCUGUUUCUUUGGAUUUAGCUAGUUUUGAGAUGGUCAGGAAUUAUAGAUCAGAGCUGAGACAGCUUCUGGAGUCUGGUAACAUAGAUCUUUGCUUUGCUAACGAGGAUGAAGCAGCUGAACUGCUUAGGGGUGAGCAAGAAGCGGGCCCGGAGGCUGCUCUUGAGUUCCUAAGCAGGCAUUGCAGUUGGGCUGUGGUAACUUUAGGCCCUAAAGGCUGCAUUGCAAAACAUGAUAAGGAGGUGGUACAAGUACCGGCCAUAGGUGAGACAAUAGCUACUGAUGCCACGGGAGCAGGUGACCUAUUCGCCAGCGGGUUUCUGUAUGGAUUGAUAAAGGGAUUGCCUUUGGAAGAGUGUUGCAAAAUGGGAUCAUGCAGUGGGGGAUCCGUCAUCCGUUCUCUCGGAGGAGAAGUGACCCCAGAGAACUGGCAAUGGAUGCACAAACAGUUGCAGUUGAAGAACUUGCCUGUUCCUGACAUUCGCAACUGAUGAUCAACUAGCAGAUUCUGGCUUUCAAAUUUCAAGUGAUUACGCCUUAAACAGGGCCGUUUCAUAUUUGAAUUACUCUUAUGCUUUUAUGUUCUUCACAGAGAAUCUUUCAGCAUGCAUUGUAUCUGUACUGAAGUCUCACUUUAAUUCAGUAACAUAAUUGGUUGUUUCCAAGUUUA